AUGAGUUUGAACGAGCACUCCAUGCAGGCGCUGUCAUGGAGAAAACUUUACUUGAGUCGCGCAAAACUGAAGGCGACCAGCCGCACCUCAGCUUUGUUGUCUGGAUUUGCCAUGGUGGCCAUGGUGGAAGUCCAGCUGGAGCCUGACCAUGAUUACCCUCCUGGACUCCUCAUUGCUUUCAGUGCCUGCACCACUGUCCUGGUCGCGGUGCAUCUGUUUGCCCUCAUGAUCAGCACCUGCAUCCUUCCCAACCUGGAGGCAGUCAGCAACGUGCACAAUUUGAAUUCAGUUAAUGAAUCUCCCCAUGAGCGCAUGCACCGCUACAUUGAGCUGGCCUGGGCCUUUUCCACAGUUAUAGGCACACUGCUCUUUCUUACUGAAGUAAUGCUGUUGUGCUGGGUCAAGUUUCUACCUCUUAAAAACAGCCAUGAUGGCAAAAAUGGGACCAUCAGCUCUGGACAAGCAGCUGCCAUCGCUUCCACCUGUAUCAUGGUGCCGUUUGGAAUUGUUUUCAUACUGUUCGCGGUGCAUUUCUACCGCACGCUGGUGAGCCACAAAACCGACCGGCAAAUCAAGGAACUGGAGCAGGUCAUUCGCCUUCAGAACCAACUCGAUCACAGGGCUGAGAAUGACGAGCUCAAGGCCUUCCCUUAA